GAAAUUUUGACUGUGACUGAAGUAUUUCUGUUUCCAGGUUUUUGCAUAAGUUACAUCGUGUUUCUAGAAGGAAAAAAAUAAUUGUCAGUUACGUUGCAAAGUUAUAAUUGCAAAAAAAGGGCGAUAGAUUGCUAAGUUAUUAUUAUUUUUUAUCAAAAUGUCAGAAGAAGAUUGGGAUACUGUCACAUACUUGCGCAAGAAGCCACCAAAAGCAAGUCAACUGCGUUCCCAGCAGGCAAUUAAUGCUGCUCAACGACAAGGUUUGGCCAUUGAAACCACCAAAAAAUUUAAUGCUGCUACUAAUAAGCAACAUUUGACAACUUUGAAUACUUCAAAAUUAGAUAAAGAAACAGAACAGCUGCAUCACGAGACAGUUGGAUUGGAUGUUGGACGUCUUAUACAGCAAGGAAGGCAAAAUAAAGGUUUAACACAAAAAGAUCUUGCUACGAGAAUCAACGAAAAACCUCAAGUGAUUAAUGACUAUGAAGCUGGAAGAGCUGUGCCUAAUCAGCAGAUUCUUACAAAAAUAGAAAGAGUCAUAGGUUUAAGACUGAGAGGAAAAGAAAAAGGCCUGCCUUUGGAGGCAAAACCUCCUAAGAAGAAAUGACAUGUUUUCAUCCAGCUUUGACAGAUAUACUCUACUGUCUCAGAUUUUUUACUAUUUGUACAUUUUUACUUUCUGUGUGGUAAAUGGACAUGUCUUGCAUUGCAAGCGAUCAUUUUUUUUCUUCUAUUCUUUCUUUUUAAAUAUUAAGUUGCUUCCUACUGGUUUGAUGUUUCCAAAUUACAAUUUUAACAAGAUAUUGUUUUAUUAUAAUUUUUAUUAGAGAUUUCUCUCAGAUUUAGUGCUGUGUAAUUGAUUUUGCUCUUUUUUUUUACUACAGCAAUUAAUAAUUUGAAGCUAAGUAUUAAUUCAGUAACUUUAAUUGCUUGCCAGUUCAUGUUUUUCAAGUAAAAAUAAAAAUGUGUUUUUAUUUGAAGUUUCCACUUUAGCUUAUAUGUUCAGUCAUUGAUUAAAAUGCUCUAAAAGUAAAUAAGAGUAUAUAUUUUUUUCAUAAGAGUUUAACAUGAAGAAAAAUUGGACUAUUCUUUUUUUAGAAAAAUUCUGUUUACAACACUUUUUCAAUUUAAAAAGAUGUUAAAAUAUUUUCAAAUAAUGAAUUGUUUAAUAAAAUAAUUCUUGCACAUCUUCCAUAUGCAAAUUAUAUUUGUCCAAACAUCCACCUUGUAGAAUUGCAAGGAUAGUUAGAAUUAUUCAUGUAAUUCAUCUGUAAAGUACUACCAGUUAAAUGGUUAUUAGUAUCUGCCAAUGGCCUACGCAAUUUAAAUUUUACAGAUACCUCAGUAAAUUAUUUUAUAUUGUAGUUUUUCCUAUUUGUCAGAUUGUGUGUUAAAGAUCAUUACAUCUGUGAAAUAUUGUUGACUUUUGCAGCAUGUUAAAAAUAUGAAAUGAAAUGGCAGUAUUUAGCAACUGUAUGUUAAAUCAUUACAUCUAUGCAAAAAUUGUUUAUAUUUGCUGUAUGUAAAAGUAUGAACUAACUUUGCAGUGUUAAGCAUUUAAAAAAAUAUUACUAGUUAAGAUUUUCUGGUAAAAAGAUGGAUGGAAUUUUAGGAUUAUAUACUUAAAUUAUUAGUUCAGAAGUUUAUAAAUGUGAUGCAAGUUGCUGAGUUUGAAAUUAGUUUGAUAUAGUGUUUCAUCUAUUUGGUUUUUUUUUUAAUACUUUUCACUAUUCCUUUACAAGGAGCAAUAAUAAUCUUAAGUAAUAGCAUUUUAUUUCCUGCAGUUCGAAUCUGUUAUCAGUUUUGUUUCAUGCAACUGGUCUGUUCAUUCUGCUAUCUCAAAUCUGUACAAAAACGAGUCGUAUAGUGAAAUAAAGUUGGUUCAUGUCAAA